UGUUUCUUUUUGGUUUUAAUAGAACAUUCAAAUAAAAACUUUGGCAGAUGAUGUGCGUGACCGAAUUACAAGUUUUAGAAAAUCUACUGUCAAAAAAGAAAAACCUCUUAUUCAACAUCCUAUUGAUUCUCAAGUCGCGAUGAGUGAGUUUCCCGCAGCUCAGCCAUUAUAUGAUGAACGAUCUUUGAAUUUGUCAGAAAAGGAAGUAUUGGAUCUCUUUGAAAAAAUGAUGGAGGACAUGAACCUUAAUGAAGAAAAAAAAGCGCCUUUGCGAAACAAAGAUUUUACCACCAAGCGUGAGAUGGUUGUCCAGUAUAUUUCUGCCACUGCCAAAUCUAUAGUUGGAAGUAAAGUUACGGGUGGGCUGAAAAACAGCAAACAUGAAUGCACUCUGUCUUCACAAGAAUAUGUGCAUGAAUUACGAUCGGGUAUAUCAGAUGAGAAACUUCUUAAUUGCCUAGAAUCCCUCAGGGUUUCUUUAACCAGCAAUCCUGUCAGCUGGGUUAACAACUUCGGCCACGAAGGUCUUGGCCUCUUAUUGGAUGAGCUGGAAAAGCUUCUGGACAAAAAACAGCAAGAAAAUAUUGACAAGAAGAAUCAGUAUAAACUUAUUCAAUGUCUCAAAGCAUUUAUGAAUAAUAAGUUUGGAUUACAGAGGAUUCUAGGAGAUGAAAGAAGUCUUUUACUAUUGGCAAGAGCAAUUGACCCCAAACAACCCAACAUGAUGACUGAAAUAGUAAAAAUACUUUCUGCUAUUUGCAUUGUUGGAGAAGAGAACAUUCUAGAUAAACUUUUAGGGGCUAUAACAACGGCAGCAGAAAGAAAUAACAGGGAACGAUUUUCACCGAUUGUGGAAGGUUUGGAAAAUCAGGAAGCCUUGCAAUUACAGGUGGCCUGCAUGCAGUUUAUAAAUGCCCUCGUCACUUCUCCUUAUGAGCUUGAUUUUCGAAUACAUUUAAGGAAUGAAUUCCUCCGUUCAGGACUAAAAACAAUGUUACCAGAUCUGAAAGAAAAAGAGAAUAAUGAGCUUGAUAUUCAGUUGAAAGUAUUUGAUGAAAACAAAGAAGAUGACCUAACUGAAUUAUCACACCGUCUCAAUGACAUUCGAGCAGAAAUGGAUGAUAUGAAUGAAGUGUAUCAUCUUCUAUAUAAUAUGCUGAAGGACACUGCUGCUGAAAAUUACUUCUUAUCCAUUCUACAACAUUUUUUGCUUAUCAGAAAUGAUUAUUAUAUCAGGCCACAAUAUUACAAAAUAAUUGAAGAAUGUGUUUCACAGAUAGUGCUACACUGCAGUGGUAUGGAUCCAGACUUCAAGUACAGACAAAGAUUAGACAUUGAUUUCACGCAUCUGAUAGAUUCUUGCGUGAACAAGGCAAAAGUUGAAGAAAGUGAACAAAAAGCUGCAGAGUUUUCAAAGAAGUUCGAUGAAGAAUUCACAGCUCGACAGGAAGCUCAAGCUGAGCUUCAAAAAAGAGAUGAGAAAAUCAAAGAACUUGAAGCAGAAAUCCAGCAACUUCGAACCCAGGCACAAGUACCCUCAAAUUCAUCAAGAAUUCCAGGUCCUCCUCCACCACCUCCAUUGCCAGGUGCUGGGCCGCCUCCACCACCACCACCACCACCUCUACCCGGAGGAGCUCCUCCUCCUCCUCCUCCUCCUCCACCACCUCCUUUACCUGGAAUGGCAGGGAUACCACCACCACCACCACUUUUAUUUGGGGGACCUCCUCCACCACCACCCCUUGGAGGAGUUCCUUGUCCCCCCGGAUUAUCAGUUGAUCUACCUUAUGGAAUGAAGCAGAAAAAAAUCUAUAAACCUGAAGUGUCCAUGAAGAGAAUUAAUUGGUCAAAGGUUGAGCCCACAGAAUUAUCUGAGAACUGUUUCUGGUUAAAAGUUAAAGAAGACAAGUUUGAGAAUCCAGAUCUCUUUGCAAAAUUGGCACUGAAUUUUGCUACUCAGAUAAAAGUUCAAAAGAAUGCAGAAACAUUAGAAGAGAAGAAGACUGUGCCUACAAAGAAGAAAGUGAAAGAACUGAGAAUUUUGGAUCCCAAAACAGCUCAGAAUCUGUCCAUCUUUCUGGGAUCAUAUCGCAUGCCUUAUGAAGAGAUAAGAAACAUAAUUCUGGAGGUUAAGGAAGACAUGCUGAGUGAGGCUUUAAUUCAGAACCUUGUGAAACAUCUCCCUGAGCAGAAGGUACUCAACGAAUUAGCAGAGCUUAAGGAUGAAUAUGAUGACCUCUGUGAACCUGAACAAUUUGGAGUUGUGAUGAGCUCCGUAAAAAUGUUACAGCCUCGUCUCAGUAGUAUCCUGUUCAAGCUCACAUUUGAAGAACACGUAAACAACAUCAAACCAAGCAUCAUAGCAGUAACUCUUGCCUGUGAAGAACUGAAGAAAAGUGAAAGCUUUAACAGACUUUUAGAGUUAGUUCUUCUUGUUGGAAACUACAUGAACUCAGGCUCAAGAAAUGCCCAGUCUUUGGGUUUUAAGAUCAAUUUCCUUUGUAAGAUCAGAGAUACUAAAUCAGCAGAUCAGAAAACAACCCUUUUGCAUUUUAUUGCCGACAUUUGUGAAGAAAAAUAUCGAGAUAUCCUAAAAUUUCCUGAAGAACUGGAACAUGUAGAAAGUGCAAGCAAAGAUUCUUUUCUGUUUGUGCAAACUGGACUUGAGGGGGAGUAUCUACAGACAAGAACAGCAUUUCUAUCACUCCUCGGCAGUGUUCUCUUCAGCAGUGCUGAUUGCCAGCUAUCGAAAUGUGCAGUGUGUAUGUGACCAAGAGUGGAUGAGUACUGUAACACCUUAAUUACAAAAUAAAUAGUGACUGUCACUUUUGCUUUUUGUAGAGCUUUCUGACUCAAAUGCUUGGUUUCCUCUGAUUUUUUCAUUAUUUGCAUGAAAGAAAAAAGAAAUCACUCCUUUGACAUUCGGUGGGGGAAAAGGAAGAGCUAUUAUCCUCUUUAGUUUUACACUGACAAUUCUAAUGCAGAGGCACUUUAACCAGCUUUGCAAAUCAGAAUUUGCUGGGCCCUUCAUUAUUUCUUUAAAUUCACUGAACAAGUCCAUUCCCAGAGAUACUGAAAAUGCAAAGUAAGUCCAGACUGAAAUAUCAUUUAUUUCAUGAAACAUUCAUUAGCACUUUCAGUAGCUGAAGAUAAAGGGAAAAAAAUGUUUCACAGGGUGUGAUGAGAUACUACUAUAUACAGAUUUUUAAAAACAAAACACAGAAGUUCGAAAAACCAUCAGGUAUUUCUUUGAAAGGAAUAUAGAAUUAUAUGUAUUUUGAACGUGUUGAAAAAUGGCUUAAAUGUACUGAGCUAUUCGCAGCCCUUGGCUUUUACUUUCUGUGUGAGUUAUAUCUGAACAAAAAUUUUAUUAUGGUCAGUGUUGUUCAUGCUGCUAUACUUAAGGUUGUCAGCAUUUCCAUUACAAACCCACUAUUUCAGUUGCGGUUCAUAACUCAGCUAUAGAAGUCACCCUGGGCUAAAAGUUGGCAAAUGCCUUUUCAACCUGUGGUAGUAAUGAUGGGUAUGAGUGUGAUUAAAUAUGUAGUAAACAUUUAAAUUAACAUAUGUUACUUCUUAUGUUAUGAAUUAUUUUAAUUGAAUAAUAUAUUGUAGUACCCUGAUAAUAGAAACUGUCUGAGGAAUGUUAGCUUUGUCAGUGUAAUGGAUUCAGAAUUAAAGAAAACUUUUUUUCAAUCUAAUUAGUUCUUGUAGCCAAGAAACUCUGAACAUACCUUGGAGCCAUGAGCCAAAUACUUCCUGCUACCGAUUGAGCAAUGGCUUGUAAAGGGCACUCAGUAAUAAACUAACGUUACAACCAAACAACUGGUUAAUCCUGUCCAAAGAUUAGUGUGUGCUAUGAGGAUUGAAAGGUUAAACUGACAAGUUUGAGAUUCUGUAUACAACCAUAGCCACAUACUCAGGUAGCUAACAGAUUUUUUUAAAUGAAAAUCUGUUUCUUUUGAAUUAAUCUGACUUUUCUGGUUAUAAAAUUAAUUUGCUUAGUAAAUAUAGAAGAAUUAAAGAAAACAUAAGAGUAAAGAAUAAAAUAAGUUACCUAUAAUUUCUCAAGCCAGUAAUAACAGCUGGUGACAUGUUGAUGAAUAUCCUUCUGAUCUUUAUAUUACACAGAUACACAGAUAUGCUACAGGACUGCCAGCUUCAUCUGCCCGCUGUGCAGCAACAGAAUACACUGACAGCAGGGUUGCAGCAGAGUAGUUUAAUCACAAGGCGCCAAGCAAGGAAAUGAGAGGAAUUCUCAAGCCUUGAAUUUGUUUCCUUGAGGGGUUCUGGGCAGGGGUGUUUAAGGGGAUUUGUAAAGAAUGAGGUGCUGGAAAAUUUGGUGUUGUGAUCAGUGGGGAUGGGGGGAUGAAAACAUAAGAAUGUGGUAACUGCUUUUCUCUAAGAUGCAGCUUCUUAUUGGGCCCACCAGACCAGCUCGAUUCCCUAGUUUUGUUGAUAUACAUGAACCUCCUAAAGAAGCAUCUCAGACAGAAAGCUUAUCUUCUCACAAUGUCUGAGAUUUUAUCUCUAUAACAGGAAAAGAACAAAGAAUCUUGCGACAAAGGCUAUGUUAUCCUGGGGAGGUAAGUAGAAACCAGUUACAAGGAAGUGGGCCAAAGGGCAAGCUGGCUUAAUGAUUGCUGCUGCAAGCCUAGUUGGAAUUUUUUAUUUUAUCUUAUUAUUUUAUUUUAUUCUCUUGAACAAUUUCAUAAAAUUAUUCUUGGGGACAGUGUCAGACACAUAUAUGGCAAAGACAUACUUUCCCUGGUUGCCCAGUAUUCCACUGUAUGGAAUGUUUAACUUGUCACCUACUGUCCUGGAUUUUGAAAUCUGUUUAAUGAUUUAACCUUAAUUGCUUUGGAAUAAAAAUCUGAUGAAAUCUUUCAGCAGCUAGAGUUUGCUCAGGAUCUUGGUCUUAUGUCUGGUUUCAGCCACUUUUAGGUAUGCUACUUACUGUAUCCUCCAAAUGUUAAUAAUGUAUAAAUUUGAUUCCAAAAAAUGAUUAAAAACAGAAUUUAUUAUAUAUUGAUCACAGAGAGAAACCAUAUACCAAAUACUUAAAUUCUAUUGGUAUAGUUAAAUAUUGAUGCUUUUAGUGUAAAUAGAGCAGAAUUUAAAAAAUUUAAAAAUCAAUAAAUUUGGAAUACAUGGAAUGAUCAUUUCCUUUGAAUUCCUAUUGUUUUAACUUGAAGAGUGGGCAAGGGAAAAACUUUCCUGCAAAUAACAUUUUUUCCUUUAACUUUUUUUUUUCUCCCUAGAGAGGAUAUAGUGGUGGGAUACGGGGGUGGAAGGGAUCCUCUGUAGGAAUGGAAUAUUAUUUAAUAUAGAGUUCCAUGAUCAGAAAGACCUGGAUUUUAAUCUCAACUCUGCUUUCUAGCUGUGUAUGUGACUUUAGGGAAUGUACGUGUGAGCCUUACUUUUCUCUUCUUUAUGAUGUAGAUAAUACUUGGGUCAAUGGUGUUAUAAAUAUUAGAUGGAUUAUUAUAUAAGGAUUUACUUACUUGUAGAUUGGUAUAUAGCUGGUUCCUGUUAGGUAAAAACAAUGGAAUUAUGUUAUACUGGACUUGAAAAGUUUUUUGUGGGUUUUUUGUUUUUUUCUUGAGAAGUCCCAUUCUGUCACCCAGACUGGAGUACAAUGGCACGAUAUCAGCUCACUGCAACCUCCACCUCCUGGGCUCAAGCAAUACUCCCACCACAACUUCCCAAAUAGCUGGGACCACAGCUGCGUGACACCACGCCUGGCUGAUAUUUUUGUAUUUUUGGUGGAGAAGGGGGUUUUGCCACCCAGGCUGGGAAGAGUUAAAUUGAGUUUAGAUUCAUGCAUUAAGGCUAGGUAGCCACUGCCUACCCCAGAGCAGGAGAGUGAUUUAAUGAAAGUGCUAUUUUAGGAAAACUAUUCCAGCACUGGUAUCAAAAUAUCUUUAAAAGACGAGCAGUAGAUGGGGGUAUAUUGCUUUUGUCUUUCUCUAAAAUUUAUUAUUAUCAAUAAAAGAAGACUGUCUCAUUACCUCUGUUUUAGUUAAGAAGGUGCCAGGGUUUUAGCAUUAUGUUGCAGUUUUUAAUCUUCAGGACUCAUGUUAUUCUUAAUUUCUGUAACAUAGUCUCUUCAUCUGUAAUUUUUAUAAGAGAUAUUUGUCCCUGUAAUCCCAGAACUUUGGGAGGCUGAGGCGGGUGGAUCACGAGGUCAAGAGAUUGAGACCAUCAUGGCCAACAUGGUGAAGCUCCAUCUCUAUUAAAAAUACAAAAAAAUUAGCUGGGUGUGGUGGCGUGUGCCUGUAGUCCCAGCUACCCGGGAGGCUGAGACAGGAGAAUUGCUUGAACCCAGGAAGUGGAGGUUGCAGUGAGCCGAGAUCAUACCACUGCACUCCAGCCUGGCACCUGGCGACAGAGCAAGACUCUGUCUCAAAAAAAAAAAAAAAAAAAAAAAAAAGAGAUAUUUGUCCUCCCAAGUUUAACUUUUUCUUCUUGUAUCCAUCUCUUAGUAUCUCUUUAUUAUUCCUUUUUAUAUCACUUCUUAAUAGCACUUCUUAGUAUUUCUUCUUAAUAUCUCUUUUGUUUUUGUUUUUUGAGACGGAGUCUCACGCUGUUGCUAGGCUGGAGUGCAGUCAUGUGAUCUCUGCUCACUGCAUCCUCUGCCUCCCAUGUUCAAGCGAUUCUUCCGCCUCAGCCUCCUGAGUAGUUAGGACGACAGGACGUGCCACCACGAUCAGCUAAUUUUUGUAUUUUUAGUAGAGAUGUGGUUUCACCAUGUUGGCCAGGAUGGUCUCGACGUCUUGACCUCAUGAUUCAUCCGCCUCGGCCUCCCAAAGUGCUAGGAUUACAGGUUUGAGCCACAGCACCCAGCCAUCUUAAUAUCUCUUAAUAUUACCUUAAUAUUAUCAAUGUCUUUAGAAUUAUUUUCCAAUGUCCUGAUUCUCUUUUUUCUCCCCACUAAUUCUCUCUUUAGCUGUAUCUAGAAAUCUUUUCAAAUUAUCUGUUAAGAAGCAGUAUAGUGUGGUGGUUAAAAGCAAAGACUUCAAAGCCAGGCUUUCUGAUUCAAGUCAUUUUUCUGUCACUUACUAGCUGGGUUAUGCUGGUCUAGUUUCUUAACCUCUCUGUGCCACAAUUUCUUCAUAGGUAAAAAGAUUAUAAGAAUAGUAUCUGCCUCGUUGGUUUUAGUAUUAAAUGAGUGAUAUAUGGAAUGAGCUUAGAAUAGUACUUGUCAUAUAGUAAAUUUUGAAUUUUUCUGUUUUUAUUGAUGUUUUAUUAUUAUACCUAUACUUUUCCUCCUCUCCCCUUAUGGUUCUGACUGAACACUACUAUUUAAAAGAAAAAAAGCAAAGAGAAAGAGAGCAUAACUUGCCUUAGGUAAACUGAAAUUGUCAACUCUGAGCCAAAGCAACAAAAACAUUUAGAAAUAUAUGCCUUUUUACACAUUGGCUUUACUAUUUUCACAUGGAUGAAUUUUAACUUUUCAGAUAAUGUAUACCUAUCAUCAACUUUCUCAAUAAAUUGUUUAUAUCAUUGAUCAUUAAUUCUUAGAAGUCUUUAUUGUUACUUUUUUGGUGUUUAGGAAUAAAUUAAAAUUCACUUCUUUGUUCUUUUACCUAGUAGUGUUUUACAAUUAUUGGAUACAUAAACAACAGGUUAGGAUUUUAUACAGUGAAGGAUAUGAAAGUUGGCUUGAAUAUAUAUACCACAAGGUUUGCCGUAUGGUCCUCUGUCAAAUAUUUGUUCCCAAGAUACCCCAAGGCAUCAUAAAAACAAAAUGGAAAACUGCAACAGAGGACCAAGACAUAAAUAUUUUAGGGUAAAUAGUAAAUCAGGGAGAUGACACAUUUCGUGCAUUGUCACUCUUUCAACAACUAUGGCUUGAAUGCUGAAUUUGUGCCAGGUAUUUUAUAAACUGGGCACUUGUCAUACACUGGAUGGGAUCACUACCCCUUGCCACAGUCUCAUAGGAGAGACAGACAAUUAAUUAUGGAACUAUAGUCAAUAUGCUAGGAAGGAAACAGACUAGGUACAAUAAUGGAUAAUAGUACUGUAUGGUGGGUGCAGGGAGAGGGCUCCGUCUUGAGAAUGUGUUUAGAGAUAGAUAGCUUCUUUGAAGAGUAGCCAUUUAGGUGGGGACCUAAAGGCUGAGAAAAAAGUUGAAGUAUUUUCUGUUGGCAGGUUUAGAGUUUCUUGGAAGACAUAAAAUAGUUUCAAAAUAAGCCUUACCAGAAUGAGAUCUUUUAUAUCUUAACCUGUGAAUUAUACUUUUUUUUAAAAUUGUAUUUGGGCUCUGGGGUACAUGUGCACAUCCUGCAUUCUGCAGGAUUGUUACAUAGGUACAUACAUGCCAUGGUGGUUUGCUGUCUCCAUCCCCCUGCGCCGCACCCCCAUCGCCUGGGCUUUGCCUAUGUCAGUCAUUUCUCCCGGUGUUAUCCCUCCCCGCCCCACUCCCGCUCUCCCUCCCCUCCACCCUCCCAACCUAGCCCUGUGAGUGUUGUUUCCUUCCCUGUGCCCAAGUGUUCUCAUUGUUCAUCAACUGCCUAUGAGUGAGAACAUGCAGUGUUUGGUUUUCUGUUCUUAUGUCAGUUUGCUGAGAAUGAUGGUUUCUAGGUUCAUCCAUGUUUCUACAAAGGACACAAGCUCAUCAUUUUUUAUGGCUGCAUAAUAUUCCAUGGUGUAUAUUUUUUUUGUCCAGUCUAUCACUGAUGGGCAUUUGGGUUGUUUCCAGGUUCUUGCUAUGGUAAACAGUGCCGCAAUGAACAUACGUGUGCAUGUGUCUUUAUGAUAAACAAUUUAUAAUACUUUGGUUAUAUACCCAGUAAUGAGAUUGGUGGGUCAAAUGGAAUUUCUAUUUCUAGAUCCUUGAGGAAUCGCCACACUGUCUUCCAUAAUGGAUGAACUAAUUUACACUCCCACCAACAGUGUAAAAGUGUUCCUAUUUCUCCACAUCCUCUCCAGCAUCUAUCUGUUGUCUCCAGAUUUUUUAAUGAUCACCAUUCUAACUGGCAUGAGAUGGUAUCUCAAUGUGGUUUUGAUUUGCAUUUCUCUAAGGACAAGUGAUGGUGAGCAUUUUUUCAUAUGUUUGUUUUCCUCAUAUUUGUCUUCUUUUGAAAAGUGUCUGUUCAUAUCCUUUGCCUACUUUUGAAUGGGCUUUUUUUUCCUUCUAAAUCUGCUUUAGUUCUUUGUAGGUUCUAGAUAUUAGCCCUUUGUCAGAUGGAUAGAUUGCAAAAUUUUUUCCCAUUGUGUUGGUUGUUGGUUUACUCUAAUGAUUGUUUCUUUUGCUGUACAGAAGCUCUUAAGGUUACUUAGGUCCCAUUUGUCUAUUUUGGCUUUUGCUGCCAUUUCUUUUGGUGUUUUAGUCAUGAAGUCCUUGCCUGUGCCUAUGUCCUGAAUGGUUUUGCCUAGGUUUUCUUCUAGAGUUUUUAUGGUGUUCCUAUGUUUAAAUCUUUAAUCCAUCUGGAGUUCAGUUUUGUAUAAGGUGUAAGGAAGGGGUCCAGUUUCAGCUUCCUGCAUAUGGCUUGCCAGUUUUUACAACACCAUUUAUUAAACAGGGAAUCCUUUCCCCAUUGCUUGUUUUUGUCAGGUUUAUCAAAUAUCAGAUGGUUGUAGAUGUGUGGCAUUGCUUCCAAGGCAGCGUUCUAGCCAAUAUUUGGUACUGUUGAACUUUUCCAUUUUUGCCAGUCUAGUGGUUUAAGGUGGUGUCUCACUGUGGUUUCAUGUUACAUUUCUGUGAUCACUAAUGAGACUCAAAAUUUGUAUCGACCAUUCACGAAGACUGAUAGGUCUUUUUCUAAUCUUUCUUUUGGGUUAUUUAUUCUCUUUAAAGAAAAUUCUGUUAAUUAGUUAUUGAAAUAUUGCAGAUACAAACCCAUUGUCACUUACAUGUAUGUCCUGGAGAUAUCUAGAAACAGUUGUGGCUAAUAUUAUUACUUUUAAAAAUGUGCCUUUCAGCUGGGCACAAUGGCUCACACCUGUAAUCCCAACACUUUUGGAGGCCAAGACAGGUGGAUUGCCUGAGGUCAAGAGUUUGAGAUCAGCACGGCCAUAAUAGUGAAAGCCUGUCUCUACUAAAAAUAGAAAAAUUAGCUGGGCUUGGUGGCAGGCACCUGUAAUCCCAACUACUCGUGAAGCUGAGGCAGGAAUAUCGCCUGAACCCAGGAGGUGGAGGUUGCAGUGAGCCGAGAUCACGCUAUUGCACUCCAGCCUCGGUGACAAGAGCGAUUUUUCGUCUCAGAAAAAUAAGAAAUGUGCCUUUCAAUGAACAAAUUGACAGAUUUUAAAAUUAUAUAGUCUUUUUAUUUUUUUUUUUUGUGACAGAGCCUGCUCUGUCACCUAGGCUGGAGUGGCACGAUCCCACCUCAGUGCAACCUCUGCCUCCUGGGUUCAAGAGAUUCUGCUACCUCAGCCUCCCCCAGUAGCUGGGAUUACAGGUGGGUGCCACCAUGCCCGGCUAAUUUUUUUUUUUUUUUUUUGUAUUUUUAGUAGAGACAGGGUUUCACCAUGUUGGUUAGGCUGGUCUUGAACUGACCUCAGGCAAUCUGCCCUUCUCGGCCUCCCAAAGUGCUGGGAUUACAGGCAUCAGCCACCAUGCUCAGCCUAUGUAGUCAUUUUUAAUCAGUCAUUUCCUUUUCCAUUUAGACUUUUUGUGUUUUGUUUAAGUAACCCUUUCUACCUUGAGUUCAUUAAGAUACUUUUCUAUAUUUUCUUUUAUUCAUUAAAAUAACACUUUUGGAUUAUGUACUACCAUUAGACACAGUUCUAGAUAGUGCUGAUACAGCAAUAAAAAAAAUUCCUAGACUCUUAGAGUUUGCAUUCUUGAAGUGGGGAGGAAAACAUAAAACAAAUGUGCAAGUGUCUCUUAUUCUCUUCAGGCUACUAUUACAGAAUGCUGUAGACUGGGUGGCUUGAACAACGGAAAUUUGUUUCUGAGAGAUCUGAAAGUUGGGAAGUUGGCGAUCAGGGUGCUGGUAUGGUAUGGUUUUGGAGAGGGCUCUCUUCCCGUUUUGUAGACGGCUGCUGCUUGCCGUGUCUUUACAUGGUAGAGACAGCAAACAGAAAUCAAGUGCUUUCGUGUCUCUUUAUAAAAGGCUUGCAUCAGGUGGUUGGCAAUAAUGAAAAAUGUCCUGAUUCCUAAUGUAAUGUGAAGCUAAAAAUUUGCUAAUUGAUUAGAAUCCACCCUUAUGACCUAAUUAUUUCCCAAAGGCCCUAUCCCCCAAUACCAUCGCACUAGGGACUAGGGUUUCAACAUUGGAGUUUUGGCAGGACAUUCAGUCCCUAGCAGCAUGAUUUUGUAUGAAGGAUAGUGAUAAAUGUUAUGUAGAAUAAUAAAGUAAAUGAGAGUGCAAGUGAUCAGAGGUGAGGUUCUAUAGGACAGAAUAGCAAAGCACAAACUUCCCAAGGCAGUUAUAUACCUGGAGAGUUUGAGGAAAAGGACCAGAUAGCUAGAAUGGGGUGAGCAAGAGGAAGAGUAUUAGCAGAUGAGGUCUGGUUGAUGACAGAAACCCAGAUCACCUAUGACCUCCUAGGCCAUUUUAAAGACUUGAGCUUUUAUUUUGAGAUGGUAAGACAUUGGAAAGUUUUGAGAAAAUAAAUGACAGGUUUUUGAAAGAUUACUAUGUCUCCUGGUUUGAGAUAGUCUAUAUGCAAGCAAGGGACAAAACUAGAGGAACAUGUAGAAGACUGUUUCAGCAAUUGAGGCAGAAAUGAUGGUGGCUUGCAUCAGGUGGUGGCAGUAGUGAAAAAAUGACCAAAUUCUUGAUAUAAUUUGAAGCUUUAUUUGCAAUUGGCCAGGAAGGGUGGCUCACGCCUGUAAUCCCAGCACUUUGGGAGCCAAGACAGGCGAAUUGCUUGAGCUCAGGAGUUUGAGACUAGGCUGGGCAACAUGGUGAGACCUCAUCUCUACAAAUAGUGUUUUUUAAGAAACAAACAGGGAGUGGUGGCACACGCCUGUGGUCCCAGCCACUUGGGAGGCUGAGGUGGGAGGAUCACUUGAACCUGGGAGGUCAAGGGAGCAAUGAGCCAUGAUUGUGCCACUGCAUCCCAGCCUGGGUGACAGAGGGAGAGUCUGUCUCAAACAAAUAAAAAAAUACCCAAAACAAACAAGCAAAGAUUUGUGAAUUUGAUUAAAUAUGGUUUGUGAGAAAAACAGAGUCAAAAUGAGUAAUUCCUUUUUUGUUGCAUUUGUUAUUUUUUGACAUGAGUAACUAGAAAGACAAAGUUCUCUUUUAGAGAGAUGAGAAAGAUUGUAGAUGGAGCAAGUUUAGAUACAAGAGUAAGAAGUUAUUUUUGAGCAUGGUAAUUUUCUUAUGUCCAUGUUCGCAGUUAAAUAUAUGAGUCUGGACUUACAGAGAGAAGUCUAACCUGGACAUACAAAUCUGUGAGGCAUCAGUGCACAUAGAUAGUCUUUGAAGCCAUUAGACUGGAUAAGAUUACCAAAGAAUUGAUUAUAGAUAGAAAAGGGGAAGGGGCUUGUUAUGUGAUCCAUGAGAUGCUAUCGUGUUUAGAGAUCUAUAAGAUGAAAAAGAACCAACAGAGGGGACUAAGCAGUGACCAGGGAAAUAACAUGGUGUUUAGGUCAUAUCCUGGAAGCCACCCGAUAAAAGUCUUUUGUAAAGAGAGUGAUGAAACUUUUUGAAUGAAAUGAGGUCAAGUGAAAUGAAGACAGAAUUAAACAUGAAAUCUGACAACAUGAGCCUGACAAGUCCUGUUUAGAUACAGUGUUAGUGGUAAGAACAAGAUUGGUGGAGGUUGAAGAGAAAAGGGAGAAAUUGGUAAUCAGGAGUACUUUCUUCUAAAGCACUUAAAUUUUCAACAUGUUCUUUCAAUGUAUUGCUUUUUACCAGUUACAAAGGCAAUAGUGUUCAUGUUAGAUAAUUUAGGAAAAACUUAAGAAAAUAAAUAUUGUAUGUGAUCCAAACUUAACCACUGUUAAUAUUUUGGUUUAUAGCAUUUGAGUCUAUUUUUUUCUGGGCAUUUUAAAAAAUAUUUUUAUUUAUUUGUUUGUUUGUUUGUUUGUUUUAGAGAUGGGAUUUCACCAUGUUGCCCAGGUUGUUCUUGAACUCCUGAGCUCAGGCAAUCUGCCCACCUCAGCCUCCCAAAGUGUUAGGAUUACAGGUGUAAGCCACCAAGCCCGGCCCCUGUGCAUUUUUAUAAAUUCAUUUUCUAAACAAAAAAUACAUUACAGAUAUAUUUGUGGGCUUUUCUUUUUUUUUUUUUUUUUCCUUAAAAAAAAAAAUGGAGUCUCGCUCUGUCACCCAGACUAGAGUGCAGUGGUGAUCUCUGCUAACUGCGACCUCCACCUCCCAGGUUCAAGCAAUUUUCCUGCCUCAGACCCCCAAGUAGCUGGGAUUAUAGGUGUGCACCACCACGCCCAGCUAGUUUUUAUAUUUUUAGUAGAGGCGGGGUUUCUCCAUGUUGGCCAAGCUGGUCUCAAACUGCUGACCUCAGGUGAUCCACCCACCUCAGCCUCCCAAUGUGCUGGGAUUAUAGGCGUGAGCCACCACACCCAGCCUAUUUACAUGAUUUCCUCACAUAAGAAUAUACGAUGUUUAUCUUUCCUUUGCAUUAAAUAUUUCUUAGUAUUUUUAAUGGUAGUAUAGCAUUAUAUUAUGGAUUAUGGUUUAUAUGUAGCCAAUAUUCUAUUAUUAGAUACUUUUCAACAUUUUCUUAUAGAAAACAUCACAGUGAACAUUUCAAUAUGUAAUUAUAGUCUUUCAUUAGCAUAUUCUUAAAGAUGUUGACAAUUAGCCCACUGAGAUGUGUCCAAAAGAGGAAUACUCUGAUGAUGGUGAGUCUGCAAACCUUGUCAUACAAACAGAGGAAUAGUUGUCCACAAUGCAACAAUUGUAAGGGUUCAGUGGAAGAGGAAAGAUGUCCAGCAGCAGAAGGCAGUCCUUAUAGGGAAGGGGAGUUCUCUGACAGGAAGAGGCCCUAGCCAUAGAAAAGAUAUUGAUAGAAUUGCAGCAGUUUUUUAAAUAAGAAACUUUCCAUUUUCAUUGAAUUGUGGGUCAUAUAAUGAAGGCUUUCCGUAUAUCUCAUAGGUGCAAAUAUGAACAUUGUAUGUGUUCUAAAAUCAAAUAAAUAUAAUCUCAUUUAUAUAUGUAUACGCAUGUCUGUGUUGUAGUUGAGGAACUUGAGUUUAUGUGUUAAACUUAUAGUUUACUGAAUGUAAGUUUUGAAAUAUUUUUCUAGAAUUAAAAAGUAUUUUUAAAUAAACUUAGAAUUCUAUUUUCUGUAAAAGGAAUAUGACAAACAUUUUCUCUUUCUUGACCAUAAACUAAAUGAACGCUGUAGUUUUCCAGUUAGCUUACUAUUUUAAGGAAUGUGAUAAGUCAAUUGUGAGACCUUUUUUCUUUUUCUUAAGGCUUCUGUUGUGAUUUCCAGCAAAAGGUUCCAUGUAGGUAGCAUUUUAUCUGAUAUUGAUGUUGCUUGGGGUCAGAAUUGACAAUCAGGAGUAGUCUCUCAGUUUAGAUUUACAAAAGGCCAGAUAUCUUGGGUAUCAUUACUGCUUACAGAAACAUCUGUAUCUCUCUUCUUUCUUUUCAAAUAUUACACCCACUAGAUCAUUAAUAAGUAAGAUAAAAUGUUCUUUAUACUUUCAUAUAGCCUCUGAAUAUUUCCCAUUUAAAAUGCACUGCUUGAAAAAUAAGGGGAAAACAAAGCUUUAAUUUUUUUUUUUUUUACAUUUUAGAUAAUGAAAAGAAGGCUCAAUGAAGAGUUUAACAGAGGUUCCCGAUAGGACCCUUUUUAUUACAUAUCUGUAGAACUAAUAAUGCUGCUAUUUAACAAUCAAAAUCUAAAUACUUUGGACUGAAGAUCAAGUCCCUUACUUUCAAACUGUUUCCUAAAGCUUCCCAUUAAGGACUGUGUACUCUAGGUGCACUAAAUUACCUUCUGUUCACUAUGCCCAGAAUACACUUUUCUACUCUUAUCUCUGUGAUAUUCAUGUCACAUAGAUUUCCUAUGACCACGACUUUGAAAUUCUAAAUCUAAUCCAUAAUUUAAGGUUCAGUUAAGUUGCCACCCUCUUCAAAUAGGCUUUCUGGAAUACCACAAUUAAAAGUAAAAUUUCUGCCAUUGAACUUUAUUUUCUUUCUUUUUUAAAAAAAAAAUAUUAUUUUUUCCUUUUUUUAAGACGGGGUUUCACCAUGUUGGUCAGGCUGGUCUUGAACUCCCAACCUCAGGUGAUCCGCCCCCGCCCCCCUUGGCCUCCAAAGUGCUUGGAUUACAGGUGUGAGCCACCAUGCCCAGCCUGAACUUUAUUUUCAUAUACCCAGAGACUAUUACAGUGCUAGAACAUAAUUAUGACUAUGGGCCAGUUGCAGGGGCUCAUUCAUGUAAUCCCAGCUCUUUGGAAGACCAAGGUGGGUGUAUCACUUGAGUUCAAGAGUUUGAGACCAGCCUGGGCAAAAUGGCGAAACCCCAUCUUGACAAAAAAUUAGACAGGUGUGUGGUGGCAUGGGCCUGUAGUCCCAGUUACUUGGAAACUCAGAAAGCUGAGGAGGGAGGAUUGCUUGAGCCCAGGAGGCAGAGGUUGCAGUGAGCUGAAAUGGCACCACUGCAGUCUAGCCUUGGUAACAGAGACAGACUCAGUCUCAAAAUAAUAAUAGGCCGGGCACGGUGGCUCAAGCCUGUAAUCGCAGCACUUUGGGAGGCCGAGGCGGGUGGAUCACGAGGUCAAGAGAUCGAGACCAUCCUCGUCAACAUGGUGAAACCCCGUCUCUACUAGAAAUACAAAAAAUUAGCUGGGUGUAGUGGCGCGUGCCUGUAAUCCCAGCUACUCAGGAGGCUGAGGCAGGAGAAUUGCCUGAACCCAGGAGGCGGAGGUUGCGGUGAGCCGAGAUCGCGCCAUUGCACUCCAGCCUGGGUAACAAGAGUGAAACUCCGUCUCAAAUAAUAAUAAUAAUAAUAAUGAUAAUGAUAUUUAUGAUUAUGUUCAAUUUUGAUUUGUUCUGUUACACUAUUAUGAUGCAUGACACAUAUAAUAAUUCCUAAAUGUGAGUCUUCCUCAUGAAAAGCACUAGCAUAUGUGAAUACAUACUUAUAUGUAUUUUUAGCCUUUGGAUUGAGUAUUCACAAAUCAUAUGCAUUCGCUUAGGAGUACUUUUAAAAAGUGAAAAAAGGGCUAGACCUUGUGGCUCACACCUGUAAUCUCAGCACUCUGGGAGGCCAAGGUAGGCAAAUUGCUUGAGCCCAGGAGUUUGAGAGCAGCCUGAGCAACAUGGCGAAAUACCAUCUCUACAAAAAAAAAAAAUAUAUAUAUAUAUACAAAAAUUGGCUGAGUGUGGUGGCAUGCUCCUAUAGUCCCCAUAUGCUACUCAGGAGGCUGAGGUUUGAGGAUUGCUUGACCUCGGGACAAGUUGAGGCUACAGUGAAUCAUGAUUGCCACUGCACUCCAUCCUGGGUGACAGAGUAAGACCCUAUCUCAAAAAAAAAAAAAAGUGAAAAAAGAAGUUAAAUAGAAUAGUGUCUAUUAGUAUCUAAAAUAGCAGUUAAGCAGUAGUGACAGUUGGAUUUAUACAGUUUGAGCAUAGUACCUGGCACAUAAGUUUUUAAUAUGCACUUAUCUCCUGUAUACGUCACAUAAACCCUGAUAGGUAAGGUACUGUUAUUAUUCUCACUUUACAGAUGAAGGAGCUGGAACUUAGGGAGAUUAUGUAACUUACCUAAGUUCUCAUAUAUAGUCAAAGACCCCAAGCCUUUUAACUACUUUACUAUGCUGAUAAAAAGUCAGAAGACAUAACAAGGAUAUAAAGUUUUGAAAUUAAGCCGUAGGGCGCAGAAAGGAAAAUGUUAGAAAUUAUACUUAGGAUUACAUUCUCAUGUGUGUUAGCAACGAGGAUGCUACAGGCUGAGUAAGAAAUGAUGUGUGUGCUUUAUGACUUUGUUAUGUGAAAUGGUACUAACCAUAGGAAAGGGUUAGAUUAAUACAGCUUUAGUUGUUGUAGAUAUUAAUGGGAGACAAAGAUAUACAAGAUCUUUCAUAAAAUAAUUUGAUUCCUUUAUGCCUCUAAAGCUGUUUUCCCAUGAAACAUUAAAAUUGUAAAUAAUGAUUUAUUGUACUGUGGGCUUCUUCAGAAACCUAACUCUUGGGGUUAGAUUUCUACGGGUGUGUGUGUGUGUGUGUGUGUGUGUGUGUGUGUGUGUGUGUUUAAAAGAGCUAUUAGUAAAACUGCAUAUACAUUAUUCCAUUGUGAUGUUUUAAUUAUUUUUGAUUGAUCCUGCUUUUUAAGCUCCAAAUUAGAACAACCUCUUUAAACAUUUAUUAGGAAGAAGUAUCUGAACCAGUUUGACCUGACAUUUGUAGACAUCAUCUUAGGGAUAUUCUUCCCUUAGAGGAUUGUAACUUAGGACUAUAUCAGUUGUGUCUGUUAACUAUAUGCUAUGUCUGUUAUACUAACUUGCAUUUCUAUACAAAAGGAAGAUUGAGUGUGAAAUGAAUUUGUUUUGAAUACUCUGAAAAUGUCUAGCCAGGAGAUUAUAAUAACCAUAAUCACAGUUUUUGGCCACUUGGCUAAAAGAAUGUUGUUAAUGCCCAUACUGCUAGCUAAGACAGUCAUGUGCACACUGUAUUAUGAACCUAUUUCCAAUAGAGUAGGAAAAUAUUUAUAACAGGUUUGAGGCUUCUUUAUUGCAAAAACCUUUUCUAGCCUUAUGGCCUCAGAAGGAACCGUUGAAGAAAAUAGUCAUUAACAUUUCCUCGAACACUAAAUCCCCCCGUUCUGCUCCUCCAGUAUCUCAUAGGCUGUCAUCUGAUAUCAGCACUUAUGUAAUUUCACAAUAGGUGGUGCCAUAGUUCUAUACUGCCUGACAUUAUAGGAAAAUAUAAAGUGUUAUUUGACCAAUCGAAUAAAAAGAAGAAAAAAUAUAAAAAGUUUUCUGAACCUUGGUUUUAAGAAAUUUAUGAACAACUAAAAAUUUCUCCAAAGACUGAAUUCUUCCAUUCUCUGUUAGUAAAAUAUCUCAGCUGCCUUUUGAUUCUGCUAGCUGCAAGAAUGGCAGGAUGGGCCGUGAAUGACAAAUUAUAUUAUUUGUAACAUUAAUGCCCGCUUGUGUGGAGAUUAAUUACUAUCUUUGUAUUAAAGUACUGGUUGUGUUGGAAUUGCUGCCUUUUUAAACUUCUCCCCCACCUUUGGUCAUUUAUACUGACAAUUUGCAGUAAAAUAGCUGACAACUCCCUAUGAUUAGUUUAGCCAGAUGCUACUUGCUCUGGUAAAUUCAUUUUAAGCAUUUGACAAGACUGCAAAGAUUAGUGCCAGCUGAGCUUAAAAUAUUUUUACAGAUGAAUGGUGUGUGAAAAGUCAGUUACUUUUCAGGUUUAUGAUGACUAUGUAAAUUAACUGACAACAUAUCUUCUUUGGUGUUUAUUUGUGAAUCAUUUAUCUACUUUAUAGAACAAUUGGUAGAGUUAUCCUUCACAGGUGUGUUCAGAAGGUGUCACCAAAUGGAGUUUUGUAUGUUAUUAUGUUGUCCUAUGAGUUGCCUGUGCUCCAGGACUUACAGAAUUGCACGGUAAAAUUGGGAGUCUCUGGAUUAGAGAGUGAAAAUAAAAGUGAGAAGCCUUUUCUUUCGCUAUAUCUACCAUUCAACAUCAACAAAAAGGCUUUUACUCUCAACACACUCUUCUUAGGAAUGGCCGUUGAAUGCCUUAGUUACCUACAACAUUGAACUAUAAUGAGUAGUUGAUUGGUUUUUCACCUUUCCUCAUUCUUUGCCUUCCUUUAUUACUAUAUCUUUAGUCUUUCUCUUAUACUCUUUUUAAAAAGCAUAUAUUAUACUGUAGAAAUGUUUCCUAUUAGUGGUUAAUGUGAGAAAUUUGAUUAGUUGAAUAAAAGCGAACUUAGAUUCUAGAGUUCAUCUAUUCCUGGGUAUCCAGCAGCACCGGUCAAACACAGUUGUCCCUCAGUAUCCAUGAAGGAUUGGUUCCAAGACCUCUGCAGAUCCCAAAAUUCAUGGAUGCUCAAGUUCUUUAUAUAAAAUGGUAUAGUAUUUGCAUAUAACCUGUACACAUCGUUCUAUAUAUAUACUUUAAAUCGUCUCUAAAUUACUUAUAAUACCUACUACAAUGUAAAUGCUAGGUAAAAAGUUGUACUUUAUUGUUUAGGGAACAAUGAAAAGAAAAUUAGCCUGUACAUAUUCAGUACAGACACAACCACCAAACAUUUUUGAUUUGUGGUUAGUUGAAUCUAUAAAUGUAGAACCCAUGGAUAUGGAGGGUGGAGGGCCUACUCUAUAGUUAUCUCUAUAGGUUUUAAGCAGUUUCCUGUCCUUCUCCUAGCUGGGUAUAACCUUAACUAUUAGAAUAUCAUAUACUGUUCUGGAAUAAGCUCGAGAUGCUAUCUUGUCUAAUCUCAUUUUACCAAUGAGGAAGCAGGUCCUACAAUUUCAGUAAUUUGUCAAGUAGCACAUAGCAAAAAAAAGUGGUUUAUAUAGGAUCAGAACCUAGUUUUCUUCACAUUACAGUGUUCUGUCCCCUUUGUGGACUUUGUACAUUUGAAUUUCUUUAUACUUUGCUGAUUUCAAAUUCCUCACCAAACUUACUGACUUACCUGACUUCUGAAUUAUACUCAGAACAAAACACCUGUAUGAAAGUCUUCAGUGGCACCCAUUUUCUUUUCCUAUUUUCCUUCCCUUCUUUCAUCUCCCCCUCCCAUCAAGUCUUCUUUUUUCUUCAUUACUGCAUUUUUGAAUUCAUGUAGAAUCUAUAUAUUUACCUUGAAGUUUUAUUUCAAAAUUUGUUAAUUUUUCCUAUAUCCUUUUUUUGUUAUAGUUCUGAAAAGCGUACCAAAAAAAAAAAAAAAAACCAACCUUCUAAUUGGCUUUUCCUCAUGGUCUAUUGAAUAAAGCACUAGAUGGGGAAUAAGAAAACUCUGAUGCAUUUUCUUACCUUGACCAAUAACACUCUGUGCUCUAGUUUUCUAAUAACACCAAUAACGUGGUAUAUCUCUGUGCUGCAGAGUUAUCAACCUGAUUUAAUUUAAAAAUCUAGAUAUGGGCUGGGUACAGUGGUUUGCCCCUGUAACCCAUCAAUUUGGGAGGCCAAGGCGGGCCAAUCACUUGAUCCCAGGAGUUCAAAAACAGCAACAUGGCAAAUCCCUAUUUCUACAAAAAUACAAACAAAAAAAAAGGUAGCCAGGUGUGGUGGUAUGCACCUUUAAUUCCAGCUAUUAGGGUGGGGGCAGGGGCUUGGGGGGGAUGCUGAUGCAGAAGGAUCACUUGAGCCCUGGAGGUCAGGCUGCAGUGAGCCAUGAUCAUGCCACUGCACGCCAUCCUGGGUAAUAGAAGAAGACCCUGUCUUCAAAAAAAAAUCUCGAUAUAUUUGGGGCUUCCCCAGAAAAUGGUGCACAGAAAAUAGAAAAUGGUGUUACCAUUUUAAGAUAUGGAAAGAAAGAUCAUUGUUUUGAUAUUGAUGGUUAUUAUUACUCAUUUUUAAAGACUAGUAUACUCCUAGCUUUCCAAGACGAUGAUGAAGCAAUCCUGUACCUGUGACAAGUCUAUAUUUGUUUUUCUUUUUUUGGAGACUAAGUCUCGCUUUGUCGCCCAGGCUGGAGUGCAGUGGUGUGAUCUUAGCUCACUGCAACCUCUGCCUCCGAGGUUCAAGCAAUUCUGCAGCCUCAGCCUCCUGAGUAGCUUUGAUUACAGAUGUGCGUCACCAUGCCUGGCUAAUGUCUGUAUUUUUAGUAAAGAUGGCGUUUCACCAUACUGGUUAGGCUGGACAGGUCUGUAUAUUUUUUUUGCCCUUAUUUCACAACUGCUAUGGUCUGAAUGUCCCCAAAAUUCAGGUGUUGAAAUGUAAUCAUCAAUAUGAUGGUAUUAAGAGGUGAAGCCUUUAGGAGGUGAUUAGGUCCUCAGGGCAGAGCCCUUAUGGAUGGGAUUAGGACUCAUAAAACAGUUUGAGAGAGUAGGUUCAUUUUCUUCCAUUCUUCUACCAUGUGAAGACACAGAAUUCAUUCCUUCCAUAGCACACAGCAAUAAACCACCAUUCCUUAGAAGCCGAGUAGCCCUCAUUAGAUGUGCAAUCUGCUGGUGCCUUGAUCUCUGACUUUCCCACCUCCAAAACUGUAAGAAAUGAUUUUCUGUUAUUUACAAAUUACCUAGUCUGUGGUAUACUGUAAUAGCAGCACAAAAAUAUUAAGAUGGCCAUCCUAUGCUUUAGAUUAACCCAGUAUUUACCAUAUAACUUGUAAACUGGUGUUAGUGGUGGUAAUAGAAUUACUAAUGUGCUUGUGUUACAUGUUCAUUGGUUCAAUGUAAGGCUGUGGUUUUGUGGUGAUCCUAUACUCGAAGUGUGCUUUUUUUUUUUAACUUUUACUUCUGGGAUAUAUGUGCAGAACAUGCAGGUUUGUUACACAGAUAUAUUUGUGCCAUGGUAGUUUGCUGUACCUAUUAAAUCAUCAUCUAGGUUCCCUCUCCUUGCCACCCCCCCAGCAAGCCCCAUGUGUGUCGUUCCCCUCCCUGUGUUCAUGUGUUUACAUUGUUCAGCUCCCACUUAGAGUGAGAACCUGCAAUGUUUGGUUUUCUGUUUCUGAGUCAGUUUGCUGAGGAUAAUGGCUUCCAGCUUCAUCCAUAUCCCUGCAAAGGACAUAAUCUCAUAUUUUAUGGCGGCAUAGUAUUUCAUAGUAUAUAUGUACCACAUUAUUUUAUCCAGUCUAUCAUUCAUGGGCAUUUGGGUUGGUUCCAUGUCUUUGCUGUUGUAAAUAGUGCUGCAAUAAACAUAUGUGUGCAUGUGUCUUUAUGAUAGAAUGAUUUAUAUUCCUUUGUGUAUAUGCCCAGUGUAUUAAUCUGUUUUCACAUACCCAAGUCUUGGCUGAUAAAGACAUACCCAAGACUGGGAAGAAAAAGAGGUUUAUUUGGACUUAUACUUCCACAUGACUGGGGGGAGUCCUCAGAAUCAUCACAAGCACUUUUUACAUGGCAGUGGCAGGAGAAAAUGAGAGAGAUGCAAAAGCAAAAAACCCCUGAUAAAACCAACAGAUUUUGUGAGACUAAUUUACUACCAUGAGAUCAUUAUGGGGAAACCACCCCCAUAAUUCAAGUGAUCUCCCACCAGGUCCUUCCCACAAUAGAUGGGAAUUAUGGGAGUAGAAUUCAAGAUGAGAUUUAGUUGGUGACACAGAGCCAAACCAUAUCACCCAGUAUUGGGAUUGCUGGGCCAAAUUGUAUUUCUGGUUCUAGAUCCUUGAGGAAUCAGCACACUGUCUUCCACAAUGGUGAAAUUAAUUUACAUUCCAACCAACAUGUAAAAGCAUUCCUAUUUCUCCACAGCCUGGCCAUCAUCUAGUCUUCCCUAUUUUUUUAAUAAUCACCUUUCUGACUGACAUGAGAUGGUAUUUCAUUGUGGUUUUUAUUUGCAUUUCUCUAAUUAUCAGUGAUGUUCAGCUUUUUGUCAUGUUUCUUCGCUGUGUAAAUGUCUUCUUUUGAAAAGUGUCUGUUCAUGUUAUUUGCCUACUUCCUGACGGGGUUGUUUGGGUUUUUUUCUUGUAAAUUCGCUUAAGUUCCUUGUAGAUUCUGGAUAUUAGACUUUUGUUAGAUGAGUAGAUUGCAAAAAUUUUCUCCCAUUCUGUAGGUUGCCUAUUCACUCUGAUGCUAAUUUCUUUUGCUGUGCAGAAGCUCUUUAGUAAAAUUAGAUCCCAUUUCUCAAUUUUGGCUUUUGUUGCCAUUGCCUUUGGCAUUUUCAUCAUGAAAUCUUUGCCCAUGCCUAUGUCCUGAAUGGUAUUACCUAGGUUUUCUUCUUUUACGGUUUUGGGUUUUACAUUUAAGUCUUUAAUCCAUCUUGAGUUAAUUUUUGUAUAAAGUUUAAGGAAGGGGUCUAGUUUCAGUUUUCUGCAUAUGGCUAGCCAGUUUUCCCAGCACCAUUUAUUAAAUAGGGAAUCCUUUCCCCAUUGCUUUUUGUCAGGUUUGUCGAGGAUCAGAUGGUUGUAAAUGUGUGGUGUUAUUUCUGAGGGCUGUGUUUUGUUCCAUUGGCCUAUAUGUCUGUUUUGAUACCAGUACCAUGCUGUUUUGGUUACUAUAGCCUUGUAGUAUAGUUUGAAGUCAGGUAGUGUGAUGCCUCCAGCUCAGCUCUUUUUGCUUAGAAUUGUCUUAGCAAUUUUUGGUACCGUAUGAAAUUUAAAUUAGUCUUUUCUAAUUCUGUGAAGAAUGGCAAUGAUAGUUUGAUUUAUUUAUUUAUUUAUUUAUUUAUUUAUUUAUUUAUUUAUUUAUUUAUUUUGAGAUGGAUUCUUGCUCUGUUGCCUAGUCUGGAGUGUAGUGGUGCAAACUUGGCUCACUGCAUUCUCUUCCUCCCAGGUUCAAGUGAUGCUCUUGUCUCAGCCUCCCGAGUAGCUGGGAUUAUAGGUAUGUGCCAUCAUGCCUGCCUAGUCUUUGUAUUUUUAGGAGAGAUGGGUUUUUGACAUGUUGGCCAGACUGGUCCCAAACUCGUGACCUCAAGUGAUCUACCAGCCUCAGCCUCCCAACGUACUGGGAUUACAGGCAUGAGCCACUGUGGUAAAUAGGUGUCUAAGAUGGCUUGAGUGAGUGUUUUUAACAAAGGCCCUCCUUGCCAUAUCCUCAUCCCAGUCCUAGUUAAUAUGACAGUAGAGUUCUUUUGUAAGAUAAAGAUUAUAAGUAGGUAACCAUUUUGGCAUUUGAUGCACUUUACAGACUGUAACCAAUAAUGUACUAUAAACUUAGAUUUUAUAAUAAGAUCAUGGUAUGUUAACAGAUCAUAUUCUGUAGGAGUUAUGGAAAGUUUCUAAGUAUUCUUUUAAGGCCGUGAUUCAUCAACCAUUUGCUUAGCCUCUCACUAUUUGCUGCCACUUGGCAGUAUCCUUCCUAAUAAAAAUAGAUCCUGAAAUACCUUGGGGGUUCAGUGAAGGUAAAGACAAGUUAGGGGUCCAGGUAAAGCUUCAGAGAGGUGAUGGAAUCCCCUUGAUGAAAUUCCAGUAAAUUAAGAUCUUAGUAUGGCUUGUGGGGGUUAGGGAUGAUAGGAGGAAGAGAAGAGGUUGGAAUUCUAGGUAGAAAGAAAGCAAAUUAAACCGAGAUAUAAGGUAAAGAAAGUACAGAAUAAAUUUGAAGAGCAGUAAGUAGUCCAUCUUGCCUGAAGCAUAGGAUAUGUAUAUAGUAGUAAGAGAAAUUCUGCAGUGGAAGAAGUUUGAGAUGACAUCAUGAUGGCCUUGAAUGCCAUGUCAAGAAUUUUCAAUUUUAUUUAUAAGGCUUAGGGGAGGCGAUUGAGGAAUUUUGAGUAGCAGAGGAAUAUUAUCAAGAGGUGGUUUUGUGAUGAUUGAUCUGACAGAUAUGAAUAAAAUGGAUAGAGUAAAAAAUUGAAGGAGGACCUUGUUAUUAGGUUACUGCAGUAGUCCAUGAAAGACAACCUAAACCAGAGUAGAUGCAACUGACAUUAGGAAGCAUGACUCAACAGUAAUUUAUAUUUUUAUGUGGCCAGGAUAUGACCAAAGACAAUUUUGAGCCUGAAUAACUUGCUAUACAGCGAUGCAUUUUUUGCCUUUUUUUUUUUUAAAGGAGGAGAGCAGUAGGUUCAGAGAAAGGAUCCUGGCUUGGGGAGAAAUUAUUUUUGAACUUCUCUGGUUUGAUGUAUACAUUGAGUAUAUAGCUAGAGUUGCUUAAUAGGGAGAUGAACAUAUGGUGCUAGAAUUAGAAGAAUGGUUGGUAUCAGUAAUUACCUAUCUUUGCAACUGUAUCUACAAAGGUAAUUAAAAUGAUGAGAUUAAAAGAGAUCACUAGGGCAAAGAGUAUAAGAAAGGAAGAAAUACAAGGAAAGAACUUUGGUGAAUACCUCAUUUAAAUACAGAAAUAAGAGUUGUCAGAGAAGCUGGGUAGGGCAUUCAUGCCCAAGCAAUGUUCAGAAAACUUACGGGAGAGAAAAUUUCAGGAAAAACAGGAUUAAUCAACAAUCUUAGUUUUUAAAAACUUUUGUGAAUUUGUUUUUAUUGAGGUAUAAGACAUGCAUUGGAAAAUACCAGUUUGGGGUAUGCCCUUUUCCCCAGGAAAUAUCUUUUCUCAUUUUCCUGGGAUGAUUUUUGGAACUUCUUCUUUUAUUGGAGCUGCUCUUGCUGCCAGCACAGAUUCACUGCCUACUGGCUAAGAUAAUUUUCUCCUUUGUUUUGGAGACACUUAACGAGUAGAUUAAGGAUUAAAAAGUAGGUUAUUUGAUUUGUUGGCCUAGGUUAUAUUGCUGAUGCUGCAACAAUAAUUUUAAUAAAGUAGAAAGGACAAAGAUCAUAUUGUACGGAGUUAAGUAGUUCCUCGGUAACAAUUAAGUGAAGUCAAAUUUGUAUAGAUUGCAGUCUUUUCAAAACUUUAACAUUGCUUAUUUUUGUCUUCAUAGUAUUAAACCAGGUCUAUCUAAAAUUUUAAUAUGACAUUCAAGAAGCAUUUUUAUCAUUUUGUAGCAGAUUUUUAAAGCUGUAAUUUCAGAUUUUGAACUGAUCAGCAUGAGACAGAUUUUCUUUAGAACCAUUUUUGUUCUGGACAAAAUUCAAGCUGGAUAUUACUGAUUACUCUGAAAUGCAAAUAGUGCUAUUUUGUUUUACAGCUAUCAUUUAAAAAGCCAUGUACUCAUUAGGAUAAAUAUGUGCAGCAUGAACAACAAAAAGAAUGAGAAAGAAAAUGGACAUUAUUUGUAUUUUGUAGGCUCUCUGAUAUGGAACUGAAUGUACUAAUUUUGAAAUACUAAUGAGCAACAAAAUGCAAUUUGCAAAUGCACAAUUAACUUCUAACUGGCUUCUGUUGAUUUGUAGUGCUAUAACCCCACGCCAGGUGAAACUUCCCAUUUCUUGAGAUUUUAUUUGACCAAUAUUUAUAAUUGUGGCCAAAUAAUGAGAUGAUUAUUAUGAAAAAAUGUUAUGUUGGAGUAAAUCAUACUUACAUGGAGCUCUUAUUAUUGUUUCUCUAUUGACUUGUCUGCCACCAGGGCCUUGAGCUUUUAUUUUCCUCUUUCCCCUUCUGCUCCUCUUGCCUUUUCCCACCAUUGAGAAACAAAGGCCUCCCUCUCAGUUUUCAAUUUGGAAACCUGCUAGGAGCUUGUCUUAGUUACAAACACUGUGUUUUAUCUCAUGUGGUUAUGUUAGUCACUUAUCUCUUCUUUUUGUUCACCUUUUUUCUAUUACUGUGUCAUGUCAUUUAUAUGUAUGUACAUAUAGAUACAUAGACAUGCAUGUAUAUUUAUACUCAGACAUAUGUGCAUCCCCCAUGCAUGCAUACAUAUCACACAGUAGUGGUGGGGGGAUGUUGUAAAGCAUAAAGUUUACCUAUUUUGCUCAUGGUUUAUUGAGGCAGAUUUGGUUCCAUAGAUCAGAUGAGAAAAUCCCUAAUCCACAAUCAUAAACUGAAAUUCUAAAUCCAGCCAGACAUUUUGCAAACGUGCCUCUGGUGCCUGGGGAGAUUGGGUUAAAGCAUAUAUGGCUCAGUGAGCCCAAUCAUUGUGAUUGGCAAAUGAACUCAAAACACUAUCUUAAUAAUGUCAAGAUAGUUGGGAAUUUUUUUUCCACAACAUCCAAACUAAUACUCUGAAUGAGUAGCAGACUGGAAAAUGGUAGAAAACUUUGAAAUUGUGAUUCUCAAAUAAUUUAGGCUAAUGAUUGUUUCAUAGAAACAUGAAAUCUUAUUUAUUGUAAGGAAUCCUAGAGGAUCAUCUAAUUUAAUCACUUUUACUAAUGCAGCAGUAUGUUGUAUAACACCCCUUAGAGGUAAAUGUCCAAUGACAUGGAAUUCCUUACUUUGUGUGGGCUCCUGUUGCAUUAAAAACAUAUUCUUCAUACUCGGCUGGGUGCGGUGGCUCACACCUGUAAUCCCAGCACUUUGGGAGGCCGAGGCAAGUAGAUCAUUUGAGGUCAGGAGUUCAAGACCAGCAUGACCAAUAUGGUGAAACCCAGUCUCUACUUAAAAACCAAAAACAAUAACAAAAACAUACAAAUGGGCCAGGAUUACAGGUGUCUGCCACCAAUCCCAGCUACUCGUGAGGCUGAGGCACGAGAAUUGCUUGAACCCAAGAGGCAGAGAUUGCAAUGAGCCGAGAUCAUACAACUGCACUCUGGGAGACAGAUUGAGACCACGUCUCAAAACAAAAACAAAAACAAACAAAUGAAAGAAAGAAAGAAAGAAAAUACAUAUAUAUAUGAAUAUUAUAUACAUAUAAAUGUAUUUUUCUUCAUACUGAAUUAAGAUCUGUCCUCCUGUCAGCUCUCACUCAUUCCACCAUGAGGAACAAUACAAAAUUUGAGAUUUAUAACAGUUAUUUAAAUAUCUGAAGCUCUUUCCAUUUGUUUACUUGUCCAACGUACUUUUCUAUGCUAUCUAUGGAUACUCUGUCAACCAUUUCUUGAUUAUUGACUCCUCCAGAAUGUUGGUUGUUUCCUCCCUUAUUUAUUAUAAUUUGUCAAUGCCCCUUCUAAAAUGUCAUCUGUUAUUUAACCUAAUGCUAUUAAGUUUUACCUUUGCAGAAUACAAUUGAGCAAUGCCUUAUAACUUGUAGUUUCAAAGGUCAAAUAUUUGAAGUAUCGGUUCCCAUCCUAGAUUAUUGACAGAUUUUUAGCUUUUAUAGUAAUUGUAUCUGGCUGUGAAUGUAUGUUGACUCAUUCCUUUUUUUUUUCCUUUUAUUUUUACUAUCACAAACUGCAAUCAAGUUAGAUUAUCCCAAUUCCUGGACCUAUAUAAUUGAUUUUUUAAAAACUAGUUGUAAGAUUUUCAUUUAUCCCUGAUGGAUUUAAUUUUUGUUCGAUUUCAGUUCAGCACUGCUACCCAUUGCAAAAUUUUGAAUUCUGGCUGUCUUCUAGCAUAUUUGCAAUCCCUUUGGGUGUUGUGUCAUUUGUAAAUUUAACAAGUAUACCUUCAAACAACUUCUUCUAAGUCAUUGAUUAAAAAAAAAAAAAAGAAAAAGAACAAGAAAUGCCUGCAACUAACUACCAUAAACCUCCUACUGGUUGACACCAAUCUAAUAAUAGUCUUUGGAUUUAAUUUUUAAGCCAAAUUAAAAUCUACCCAACUGUACUGAAAUCCAAUUCUUAUGCCUGUUCCUUUCCCACAAUGAUAUCAACAGAGAAUUUACCCAAAAUAAAAAUAUGUUAUACAUUUACCUUUCAAUUGAUAUUUUCUAAGAAGGAGUUAGCCUGGUCCAGUGGCUCACACUUGUAAUCCCAGCACUUUGGGAGGCCAAGGCAGGUGGAUCAUGAGGUCAGGAGUUCAAAACCAGCAUGACCAACAUGAUGAAACCCGUCUCUACUAAAAAUACAAAAAAAAAAAUUAGCUGGGCUUGGUGGUACGCACUUGUAAUCCCAGCUACUCAGGAGGCUGAGGCAGGAGAACUGCUUGAACCCAGGAGGCAGAGGUUGUAGUGAGCUGAGAUCACGCCACUGGACUCCAGCCUGGGUGACAGAGCAAGACUCUGUCUCAAAAAAAAGAGGUUACCAGUAGUUUGGCAUCAGUUAUUUUGCAUAAUCCAUGUUAUUUCUUGAUUUUUAGCGUAGUAUUUUAUAAAUUUAUGAGACCUUGGGUAUACCCAAGCAUGAGGCAGAGUUGUCGGUACUUCAUUUUCUUUAACACAGUUGAGAAAGGUUGAUAUUUUUAUCAAGACAUUUGCUAAGGAGGAAACAGGGAAGGUAUAAGAAAUCUAAAUAAACUGGCUUACAGACUACAGGAUUCUAAUCUCCCUCUAGCUAAUGCAGCCUACAAGGCCUCGCCCAUUCCACAUGGAGACCUAUGGAAAGUGAGGGGCUUUGCCUUGGCCCCUCAUUUCCACUAUUUUGAUCUGCUUUCAUGUUUUGAGUGUCAUUUGAUACACCUUCUACAGCAUAGUCAGUCUGGAUUUUAUGACUCUUGAAUAUAGUACAAGAUAAGUUACAUCCUUUUGCCUGUUUACCUAAGGACCAUUCUCUUAAUUCCUGUUUCUUGAAUGAAGGAAAUGCCUUUUCUCAAGAUGAUUGUUACCAGAAAUGACCUCAUAUCGUUUGCAAGAUUACACUCUAGCCACAUGCUUGUUGCUUUUUCCCAUACAGAUUCAAGAGCAUAGUAACUUAAUAGAACCUACUAGCAUGGAAUUCAUUUAAUAGGAAUUACCAGUCUGUAAUAGCAGGAAAUAUGGUCAUAAGUUACCACUUAUUCUGGGAAAAGUGAUGAGAAUGUAUCAGAGGAAGGAAUAGGGUUUGAAGACUAAUUAAGUAGCUUUUUUUUGGUGGUGGAGGUAGCAGGACAGUCUUUCUUUGUCGCUCAGACUGAAGUACAGUGGUGCUCACUGCAAUCUCUGCCUCCCGGGUUCAAAUGAUUCUCCAACCUCAACCUCCCUAGUAACUGGGACAACAGGAGUGCACCACCAUGCCCAGCUAAUUUUUGUAUUUUUAGUAGAGACAGGGUUUCACCAUGUUUGCCAGGCUGGUCUCGAACUACUGGCCUCAAGUGAUCUGCCUUCCUCAGCCUCCCAAAGUGCUCGGAUUGGAGGCAUGAGCCACUGUGCCUGGCCUAAGUAGCUAUAUUAUCCUCCAUAUGAAAUGUGAUGAGUACCUUAACUAGUCUGUAGCAAUGUGAUUGAACUAUAGGCAGUUCGGUGGUAAAAACAGGCAAAUGACAAAAUAUAAGAGACUAGGGAAUAUAAUAAUCAAUAUAAGUAAAGAGUUUGAGUCAAGAUGGUAUAAAGGUGAUACCCUUUUUGAAACAUGACAUCUAUUGAGGUUGGAGAGCAGGGUGAAAAUGAUGGGUUUAGAUUUAGUACUGGGUUUCUCUGGGUGAAGAUUUUAACCAUGCAGUUAGAAGUUUUACCUGGAGAGAUAUUUGGAAGUUGCCAAAAAGAUAAUAGGUAAAUUCAAAGAAAAGUCUUUGGAGCAGAAGAGGAAGACUGCAGAUAAAAUCUUAGAGAAUAAUGCCUACAUUUAAGAUGGAGGUUGAAAAGAACUUGCCAAGAAAGAGUUACAAAAGAAAAGGGAGAUAACCAAAAUCAGUGCUUUGUCUCAGGAGUCAAGGGAAGAAAGCAUUCUUAGAAUACUAGGGAGUAAAAUAACACCAUCGACAUCCACAGAGAAGUUGAAAAGAAUGUACUGGUAUCAGGCCUUUAAGGUUGGCGGUGACAUAGGUAUGGAGGUAGUCCACAGAAGAGGUUGAGGCAACUGGGAAAGGUCGAUUGGAAGGGCUCACUGAAUAGAAGUAGCAGUAGCAGAAGCAGAAGCAAUAGACCAUCUGAUACGAAUAGCCAUGAAGGUAAGGAAAGGGCUUUACUUUUGCCUCUUCCCAUUUAACUGAUAGUUCAGUGGACGGAAAAGGAGAGUUAGAUAAACUUAUUUUCUGAAAAAUUACUAGAAGUUUGUUAUAUUGUUUAAACUGAUUUCAGUUUCAGACUGUUUAAUAAUGAGUACAUAGUUUAACCACCAUAGGAAUGAAUUUGAGUUCUUUGCUCUGCAUAACUUUAAUAACAGACAGAUGUUAGUCUUUCAGCAAAGAAACAAAGGUUGUUUCCUAAAUUACUUUAGAUUUACCAUGCUGCAGACCAUUUUAAUUACAUUCAUAUGUGCAGACUUUUAAAAAAUAAUUUUAAAUGGUUUAUUAUGGUAAUAGAAGCACAUUUAUGCCACAUCAUGCAACAUGGAAAGCGUUCUCUGUGUUGAGUGGUGUAAACUAUUUAUAACGCUUGCAUUUCACGUUUCUUGCUUGAAAAGUGCUACCAUCAUUUACAUCCCUAGUAAUCCAAUUGUGAAUUUUAUGGAUAUAUGUGAGGAUGUGAGGACAGGAUGCCAGUGGAAAGCCAAGAAAAGGAGAAAGGUGGCCAGUCACGGUGGCUCACGCCUGUAAUCCCAGCACUUUGGGAGGCUGAGGCGGUGGAUCACCUAAGGUCAGGAGUUUGAGACCAGCCUGAUCAACAUGGUGAAACCCCAUCUCUAUUAAAAAUAAAAAAUUAGCCAGGUGUGGUGGCACAUGCGUGUAGUUCCAGCUACUCAGGAGGCUGAGGCAGGAGAAUCACUUGAACCCAGGAGGUGGAGGUUGCAGUGAGCCGAGAUCACACCACUGUACUCCAGCCUGGGAGACAGAGUGAGACUGUUUCAAAAAAAACGAAAAGAAAAGGAGAAAGGUAAAUAACAGCCAGAGAAAUUGGCAAGAUUACUUUUUCUUCACUGUGUCAAGGAGCUAUUUUAGCUGAAAAUGAGAAGGAAGAGGGGUGCACAAGAAUUUAAGUUAGAUAUAGAAAGAGAAAAGUGGGCAAGUAAUUUAGGCAUGUAAGCAAGUUCAAGAGAUGAAUGAAGACAUUAUUCUGAUGUCUGAAGAGUGGAGGUCAAAGGAAAGGUUGACUAACAAAAAACCUUAUAUGAACCCAGGGUAAUCAAUAACUGGGCUUGAUUAGAGGUCUUGUAGCAGUGGUAUAUAGAAGAACAGAAGAAAGAUGUGGCCCUCAAGGUCAUAUUUACCAGAGAGAAUGCUCUGAGAGACAAGCCACGAAAGAACUGGUCUAUGAAACUUUUCUCAGAAUCAGUCCUCCCUCCUUCCCUCUCUCCCUCCUCCCAUGUUAAGUAAUGACUGGACACUACAGAAGUACUGUAUAUUUCUGGGUUUAUCUUAUGGAUAUUGAUAGUGAAUUACAAAUGAUAUUUUAACCUACCUAUUGCCAUUAAUGUGUAAAUAAAAACAUUUUAUUUAUUAAAAAUUGCCAACCCCUAUGGCCAAUAUUACAAAAUUAAUGUCUCUACUGAAUGAAGAAAAA